GGCGAUCGGCUGGUCGAGUCUGCUCCGUUUUUCCCGUCGUGCCUCGCGAUUGUUGCUCUGUCACGGUGGUAGCCGGUGUGUAGAAGGUGGAAGCCAUGAAGCAGGAAGGCGGCUCUCGGCGCCGCGCCGGGUCCGAAAAGGCCAAGCCCGCGCCCGCGGAGCCCCCUCAGCCGCCCCCACCGCCCGCCGACGUGGAGAUGCACGAGGACGCGGCUUCGGCCGAGCCCGCCUCGGCGGAGAAGUCGCAGCGGGAGCUGGACGCCGUCACGCUCGAAGACAUCAAGGAACAUGUGAAGCAGUUGGAGAAAGCCGUAUCUGGGAAGGAACCGCGUUACGUUCUGCGUGCCCUGAGAGCGUUGCCAUCCACUUCUCGCCGCCUCAAUCCCAAUGUGCUCCAGAAAGCCAUCAAUGGAUUUUUCACAUCUAAUAAUGCUGUGCGAGACUUCCUCAUCAACUUCCUGGAGGAGCCUAUGGACACAGAAGCUGACCUACAGUUCCGGCCUCGCACAGGAAAGGCAGCCUCCACGCCUCUCCUGCCAGAGGUAGAAGCAUAUCUCCAGCUUCUCCUGGUCAUCUAUCUGAUGAAUAGCAAACGCUACCAAGAGGCCCAGAAAGUUUCAGAUGAUCUGAUGCAAAAGACAAGUCCUCAAAACCGCCGAGCUCUUGAUCUGGUGGUGGCCAAGUGUUACUACUACCAUGCUCGUAUCUAUGAGUUCUUGAACAAGCUGGAUGUGGUCAGGAGCUUCCUUCAUGCCCGCUUAAGGACAGCAACCCUCCGCCAUGAUGCAGAUGGCCAGGCUACCCUCUUGAAUCUGCUGCUGAGGAACUACCUUCACUAUGACCUCUAUGACCAGGCAGAAAAGCUGGUCUCCAAAUCAGUGUUCCCUGAGCAGGCAAACAACAAUGAGUGGGCCAGGUACCUCUACUAUACAGGUCGCAUCAAGGCCAUCCAGCUGGAAUAUUCUGAAGCUAGGAGAACCAUGACAAAUGCCCUACGGAAAGCUCCACAACACACAGCUGUUGGUUUCAAACAGACGGUCCAUAAGAUGCUGAUUGUGGUGGAACUGCUACUAGGUGAGAUCCCGGAUAGACUGCAGUUUCGGCAGCCGUCUCUGAAGAGAUCACUCAUGCCCUACUUCCUCUUGACGCAGGCUGUUCGGACAGGGAACUUGGCCAAGUUCAACCAGGUCCUUGAUCAGUUUGACGAUAAGUUCCAAGCAGAUGGAACCUACACCCUCAUCAUUCGGCUGAGACACAAUGUGAUUAAGACAGGUGUUCGCAUGAUAAGCCUUUCAUACUCGCGCAUCUCCUUAGCUGACAUAGCCCAGAAGUUGCAGCUAGAUAGCCCAGAGGACGCUGAAUUUAUCGUUGCAAAGGCCAUCCGGGAUGGUGUGAUUGAAGCCAGCAUCAACCAUGAGAAGGGCUAUGUCCAGUCGAAGGAGAUGACUGACAUCUACUCCACACGGGAACCCCAACUGGCCUUUCACCAGCGCAUCUCCUUCUGCCUCGACAUUCACAAUAUGUCUGUCAAGGCUAUGAGGUUCCCUCCGAAGUCUUAUAACAAGGACCUGGAGUCUGCAGAGGAGCGCCGGGAGCGUGAGCAGCAGGAUCUAGAAUUUGCCAAGGAAAUGGCAGAGGAUGAUGACGACGGUUUCCCUUGAUGCUCUGGGCAUGACUGCAUUUAUUUUGUUUUGUUUUUGUUUCUUGCCCAAUACAAACCAUUGUCUACUGGCUGAAACCCAGAA